UUGCCAGCUAGCAGCAGCUGCACUGGAAGAAAACAGAGCAAGAAAAAGUGUAGAAAACCUUAAUUUAAGACACUGAGAAUUAUGGAUUUUACCGAAGCGCACUAAAACAAGAGUUGAGCUUGUUUUAUGUCACUGUUUUGAUAUGUUGCUUUUUAUAUAAAGGCCUUUUUUUGGACGUUGCGACCAAUGAAUGUCCCUUUGUGAAGUAGCAUUGAGCACCAGUCAUUUGUUGAACUUGGCUCUGUGCUGAAGAUGAAUGCUCUGGUUGCUCUCUGUCACUUCUGUGAGCUCCAUGGCCCUCGCACCUUGUUUUGCACUGAGGCACUGCACCCUCCAUCCCCGUCCCCCUCAUCCCAGGCAGGUGCCCCUGUGCCCGGAGACAGGGACCGAGAUGGUGACCGGGAAGGUGAAGGGCUGACCAUGAGGGCCAACAGCUCAGCCUCACAGAGAGGAGAAAUGUGUGAGGGAUGUCGAUCUCUUCCUGCAUCUCACCCAGGCUUUGUGAGCAUCGAUGAUGAAACAGGCAUACGCUUCCUUAGCCACCAGCAUCCCAGACAGCCACAGCUAUUCAGCGUGGUCCGCCAGGCUUGCGUGCGCAGCCUCAGCUGUGAGGUAAACAGUGACGUGUGUCCCGGUCGUGAAGGGCCUAUUUUCUUUGGAGAUGAGCAGCACGGUUUUGUGUUCUCACACACCUUCUUUAUCAAAGACAGCCUGGCCAGAGGUUUCCAGCGCUGGUACAGUAUUGUCAUGGUAGCAAUGGACAGGAUCUACCUUAUCAACUCCUGGCCUUUCCUGUUACGCCACCUUAGACUCACGAUACAGAGCCUGCAAAGCACAGCCCUCAAGGUGUUUGACAGUGAACAAGGAGUUUGUCCCCAGCGAGCAGCGAGGAUGAACAGUGUCUUCUCACCUGCAGUUUUCCCACACCAAAGGAGUGGCAACGCAGCCCGAUCACUGACCUCUCUUACCCAGCAUCCCAACCUCUGGGCCAGCCUGCACUCCUCCUUUAGCUGGCUGCUGAAAGCUUGUGGUAGCCGACUGACAGAGAAACUGCUGGAGGGAGCCCCCACUGAGGACACGCUGGUGCUCAUAGAGAGACAGACAGAGCAAGAGGAGGAAAUGAGCUGCUGGGAGGGAGCAGAAGGAGGCGGCUCUACAUCACAGCGGCACCAAUCAGAGAGUGAGCUGGGCCCUGACUUCCUGUGUGAUGAUGACGCAAAAUUAAAUGACUUACCCGGCCCAAAAUUUAGGUCCCUGAGGCAUUUGAGACAGGUCCUCGGAGCUGCUGAGUUUCGUCAGCUAGUGUGGCACGUGCUCAUGGGAAAUCAGGUCAUAUGGAGAGGCGCAGACCCCGGGCUCAUCCAGUCAGCUUUUACAGUGCUCAAGUCUCUGCUCCCAGUAGGCUGUGUGCGUUCUGUGCCAUACAGUGCUCAGUAUGAGGAGGCCUACAAGUGCAACUUCCUGGGUCUCAGCCCAGAUGUGCCAAUUCCAAUGCACGUCAGCUCCUCAGAGUUUUCAGUGUUGGUGGACGUCAGUUCAGAGAGGAGCUGUCAGAGCGCGGCAGUGGGUGAAGACGAUAUCUCCUCACUUUAUCAGUUCACCAUCAGCAGUGCCAACACGCAGCCCACAGACAGGGGUCCCACGUUAUUGAACAAGCUGGAAGUGGCUCUGUCUAAUGAGAACUUGUCUGUGGACGUUGUGUCUCACUGCCUGCUGUGUCUGAAGGAAGAGUGGAUGAAUAAAGUCAAAGUGCUCUUCAAGUUCUCAAAAGUGGACGGCAGAGGGAGGGAGGACACCCAGAAGGUUCUGGCCCUCCUUGGCGCCACAGGGCCGGGUGAGGAGGACAACGUCAGGCUGCUAAAGUUCUGGAUGACUGGACUCAGCAAAACCUACAAAAGUCAUUUAAUGACAGCCGUCCGAGGAGGGGAGAGGAGCCCCAGCCAGUGAGAGGAGGAGAAGGAGGAGGAGGAGGUAGAGGGGGUGAAGUAAAUGGAGCUGAAAAGAGGGGAUAAUACUACUGAAGGGAAAGUGAAAGCAAGAAUUCUUUCAUUAUGAGUUUUGUGAACACUUUGGGACUUUCAGUGGAAUGAAAGAGGAAUGUCAAUAGAUGACAGAAAUGCUUUGGCUCAUCCAUUAUUGUCUUUUUAAGUAAUGAGAAAUGUACUGUUCCUAACCGUGAUUAUUAUCCAGCACAGAUUAACACAUACGGUCAGUUUGGAUAAUGCAUGAGGGCUUUUGUUAGUCAAAGGGAAUUAUGGUUCAUAGUGAUAUGUGAAGUUUAACUUAUUACAAACAGACUUUGCACUUUGUUCACUCGUUUUCUGAUGUUUUAAAAUGAAAGAAAUUAAUAUAAUCGCUUACUCUGACUUUUUUUAAUUCCACAAUUGGCUCCAUCUUGUGGCGAACAGGAAGAAUAAAGAGGGAGUGAAUUGGAGGAGGAGAGCAGUGUUCCUCUGCCAGCUCCCACUCACUUGUUCAAGUGGCUGCUGGCCAGCAAGCCUCAAGUGGUGUAAGACAACACUUUUAAGGUUUUCUGGUGUCCUGAAAUGUACAAAGUGGUUGCAUAACACAGCCCCGCUCCAGUACAGCCGACCACAUCAGCAGGAUUUUAGCUUCUUAAUGAGCCAGUCACACAGCAAUCCACUAAAAAGCCAAGUUUUUUUUUUUAUUUUCAUACCACAGUUACUUGAGCCUGUUGCGUUCCUGAAGCUUGCAGAGUUUAGUCAAUAAAAUUCAACAACAUACGGCUUUGUUUAAAUUGCUGGGGGGCUGCUUUUUCUUUUCUUGACUCGCACCCAUGUAACAAUUGUGUAAUUCAAACUCGUACUUUAGUCCAAAUUAAAAGGAAAAGUGAAUUUGUAAAUAUUAGGAUUGACUCUAGCUUUCUUCGUAAAACAGAUCUUCUUCUCAGCAUGGACGCAUGCUACUGUGUCCUGAUAGAGUUUUACUGUUUUUUUUUUUUUGUUUUGUUUUGCUUCUCUCUGAAAGCUCAAAUCUGGAUUUCAUUUUGCAAGUUUCACUGAAAGAAGCACAAACAUAAUUUGCAGCAGCUCCGCAAAUUAGUUACAUAUUGACUUUCCUCAAUAUGCAAGCGACGUAUCAAACAGGAAGACGACACACUGGCUGGAUAUUUAUACCCGUCAUUAAAACACACAGUGUAUGUGAAGAGGUUUGGAGUUGAUGGUGCCUCUGGGAGUGUUAAUGCUUUGCCUGUGGUGACGCUGCUGCUCUCUUGUUUCCUCUUCCCCUCAGCAGAGAAGGGACUUUGGGAAACAGUCUUGCUUCUUUUGGCUUGUUUUCAGAAAAAGGACACAGAAGAAUGAUUUCUCUUUAACAUGAAGAAACAACUUUGCACUUCCUCCCUUUCGUUAGUAAUUGAGUCCUCUUGUGACAUCUAACAGAGAACAAAAAUAUCAUGACGCCUCACACAACCUGAGGGGACAGAACAACACUUUACAGACAGGAUGAUGACAGCUGUGCACAAUAUUAGACGUCACGGUCACACCAGCCGCCUCUGUGGAACUGAUUUGAGGAGAAAUGACUGCAGAAAGCUGUCACACAUGGAAUGACUUGCAAGUUCUGGCGAUGUAGUGUUGCAAUCCUGUUUAUAAAGGAAUGUGAUUCUUGAUUUAUUAAAAAAAAAAAAAAAACAUCAUGUGAUGAUUAAACAGGAUGAUAUUGCGCACUGGCUCUAGAGGGAUAAAGACCAGGGGAUCCACAGGCACAGAGGUGUGGGGGAGAGUCCAAAUGAAAAACAUACGCUCCAACUGCAUGACUAAGCCUCCUUGGGCCUGGUUUGGAGUGGGGGAGGAUGGGGGUGAGAGGGUGGGUGUCAGGGAAUGUGGGGAGCAGGGGGGAGGGGGCCGGGUCGGUCAAUAGUGAGGUAAAACGUGUGGCGGUGGGAGGGGCCGAGACUUAAAGGGAGCAGACUAGAAUCCAGCAGGGCACUUUCACUUUGAGCGGAGUGAGGAUACACAGAGUGGCCAGAGGGAGAGAUAGAGAAGAGGAGGCCAGUGUCUCUCUCGCUUUAUCCAUUAACCAGUUUUCGAGGGAGAGAGGAGUGGUUCAAAUUAGGCUGUUCAGGAAGAUUCUAGGUCAGUAGUGAGAGGGAGAAAGGGAAGGAGAUAUAGUACAAAACAACAAAAGCUUUCAUAGGAAAAGGCUGCAGCCACUCAGACUUAAGUGGGAAAAUCCAAAGUGAGGGAGCAGGAUGGCGUGAGAGGAUAAAUGAGGCAUUUAUUGGAAAGUACCAAAGGGACUCAAAAGGAAGGAAUGUAUAAGGGAUGUCAACAAGAAGACUAAAUAUCAGACGGUGAAGGAGAAGACACAGCAGCGCACUCUGUAUCAAAGACCUCAAGGAAAACCACAGAGGAGGAAACUUAGCUUUCACAGACUGACACAGAGACCCGUCUGCAGAGUGAUUGCCGUCAACAAGAGAAAUGGAGAAGUGUCCAUUCUUAGAAAGAUAGGAAGGAUGUCACUGCCAGUUUUGCUGUUGCUAUCACUCUUGACUGUCCGAUGUGGUGGAUGUAACUUUGACUGGGACGUUGUGAAAAACAUUAAAACGACUAUCGACGCUAAUCCGACUGGAUUUCGGACAGUAUUUCCUAAAGAUUACUAUGUAGUGCACCGCUACACGAAAAGCAUGCUCUGUGACAGUGAUCCGUGUUGUGUGUUCCCUGCUGCAGUAGUCCUCCUGGAGUCCUGGCAUGUGCUUCUCGGAAACCUCUGGGAUGAGCACCUAAAUCACUCCUUAAUCCUCGAUCUGAAGCAGACACUGGAUAAAAUUAUAAAGAGGAACAAAAAUACAGAGAGGUUCCAGGAAGAGACGGACCUGUCCCAGUUCUCCGCGUUAUCUUCCUCUCCUGAAGAGCUCCUCAAGCUAACGUCACAACUUCUCACUCGAUGGCUCGAGGUCGGGUGCUUGCCUGAGAUCGAAACCUGCACCCUGCCCACUUUGCCCCCCUCCGUUGAGAGGAAGGACUACGGUCCGUCGAGGGCCAGACUCUUGACCACCCGAGCUAUCAGCAGCGAGGAGGAAGGACAGCUUGAGAAGAUAGUAGACAUUACAGGGCCUCUGUCCAGUGGCGGUUCUCCAUCCCUAUCAUAUUCCGCUUCUGUCUGGAGCCCCUUGCUAUUCAGACUCUACUGGUGGCUGUUGCCAUAGUUACUAAAAAAGGAUCUUUUUUUUUUUUGGAUGAUGAUGCACACAAAAUGCAAGACGUUUCCUGGCACUGAAUGUUUGUUUCCUUAUAUAUAUGUGUGUGUCUUUAUCGUGUUUUAAUGCAGCAAGCUAUGAAGUGACAUGCACAGGUUGCAAUUAAUGUCCAAAGUUAGUUCACGUAGUCCGCUGUGCACCCGUGCUCUGUAACAUCACCGAUAUAAACGUAUAGCUAUCCUCUCUAGAGCGAGCCGCGAGCUCCAGCUAGCUGUGCUCUUCAUGCUAACCAGAGAUAAAUGCUGAGCAAGCCAAUGCACAUAAGCCAUCGUCUGUUGAUGUGGAAUUCAUCACUGUUUACAAUGAAUGUUAUGUAAAUGUAAGAUAUUACCAUCUAUGGGUGUUUACUUUUGUACAUUAUUGUAAAUUAAAGACAUGUAGAUAUAUAUAUAAAUAUAUACAUUGUUAGUUUUUGAUAUAAUAUCCCAAGGGUUGUAAGCUAUAUUUAUUAUGGUCUUUGCUGUUUGUCAUGAGUGAUGGGAAGUAACCAAGUGCGUUUAAAGGUCCAGUGUGUGGGAUUAAAGGGGAAUCUAUGGAGCGGACCCUCUCCUAUGGAGUCGGCCAUGUUGUUUCUACAGUAGCCCUGAAUGGACAAAUCAAACACUGGCUCUAGCUAGGGCUAUUUGUGUUUUCACGUCAGCCACCAUAGUUCCCCUACAAGUUUGUUUCAGUUCUAAAACUUCACCACUAGAUGCCACUAAAUCCUACACACUGGACCUUUAAUGAACAAUUUUGAGGUAUUUAAACAUACUUAACUUGAGUACAUCCAUUGUCUGCUAUUUUAUACUUUUACUCAGCUAUAUUUUAGAGGGAAAUAUUUUUCUUUUUACGCACGACAUUUAUCUGACAGCUGGAGUAACUGCUUUAAUUUACAAAUAUGAUGUGCUGUUAUAAAUUAACCUACGCAACAGUCGUGCAUCGACAGUACUAACCUCACAAAUUUAUGAUAGUGUAACAGUCACUUUGAGCGUUUUUCUCUCUUUUAUGUACUUUUACUUUUGAUCCUUUAAUAUAUUUUACAAACAACGCUCACAUACUUUUACCAGAGGUGCAGACUCGAGUCACAAAUUUGAUGACUUUGGACUUUACAAAAUCAAAAUUGACUUUGACACCAAUGACUUAUGACUUCACUUGGACUUGAGUGUUUUGACUUGAUACCUCCCCCCAUGGCAAAAUUAUGGACAUAAUUCUCACAUAAGAUGAGAUUAAAAAAAAAACAAGCAAGACAGAAACAUACAGCAUUCAUUUUGUUAUGGUUAAUAGUGCUAUAUUAAAGUGCAAUGUCAGUACUAAUUUUUUAUGAUCAGAUUCAGUCGCACUUGUUUUAAUAAACUUGUUUUAACAAACACA